AUGGCAGUGGGGGAAGACCAAACUGAAGCUGAAAUUGGGGAAAAAGGUCAGAUGCAGAAAUUGCAUCUAUGGAGUGCGAUUAUUCAAACAAUAGCUGAUAAGGGAAAGAGCUCAUCUCCGAUUGGUGGAAGGAAGUCAUGGGCUGAUGAAGUUGAGGAGGAACUGCAAUCCCUACCUCCAAAAGAGUCCAUAUGGGAUAAAUUUGACAUUACAAAGAUUAACAAAGCUGGAUUUAAACUCGAAUAUGUUGCUCCUCUUGUGCAAGGUGAGACCUCUAUCACUGCAAUUGAAUUAGAGGACAUAACCUCAGAAAUUGAGUAUUGGAAUAUAUCUGUUGUGUGUUAUGUGUUGGGAGCCCAUCCUCCAUAUGCAAUAAUCAAAGGAUACAUUAAAAGGAUGUGGUCAAAACAUGGAAUAAGUCAAAUUGUGAUGCUAAAAAAUGGUAUUAUUCUGGUAAGGUUUGAAACAGAGGCUGCAAAAAAUGAAGUUUUACAGGGAAGCAUUUUCCAUUUAGACAAUAAACCUUUUAUUGUUAAAGCAUGGAACUCUGAUAUGGAGUUUUCAAAGGAAGAAAUACAAACGGUUCCAAUAUGGAUUAAAUUACCAGGGUUUGACUUCAAGUAUUGGAGCCCUAAGGGAUUGAGAAAGAUAGGAAGCUUAGUUGGGAAGCCACUUAUGGUAGACCAAAAUACAGAAACUGGAGUUGGAUUGAAUUUUGCUAGGCUUCUGGUGGAGGUAGGUCUAGACACUAAAUUGCCUGACAUUAUGAUAUUUAGGAAUGAAAAAGGUCAAAUGAUUGAGCAAAGGGUUGUAUAUGACCGAAGACCUACCCUAUGUAAAUUUUGCCACCAAUAUGGGCAUGAUAAUGCAGAUUGCAUGAAGAAAAGUGAUAAGAAGGGUCAACAGGUACAAGAGAAACAGGGGAAUAUACUUCUGAUGGAAGCAUAA